AUGAUUACUCUUCCCAGAACACGUCAACACGUCGCGUCCGGGCCAGCGCUUAGCCUUUAUUCGAUGAUACCACUACACGUCCUCCUCCUCUCAUUUCCCUUAGGAUGCUUUGCAGCCCUAGAAAAAACAUUCGGAGUUCCCCCGUCUCUUCUCCCUCGAUAUGUCCCAGUGAAGUCUUCCUGGAAAUGCUUAGACGGGUCUAAACAAAUACCCUGGGACUUUGUAAACGAUGAUUCUUGCGACUGCCCAGAUGGGAGUGACGAGCCUGGAACUAGUGCAUGUGCGAACAAGAAUAGCGCUUUCUAUUGUCACAAUGUCGGACAUAUUGGUGCGACGAUACGAAGUUCGAGGGUAAAUGACGGGCUUUGUGAACUUGAAUGCUGUGACGGCUCCGAUGAGCUUCCCGGCGUAUGCCCCAACACCUGUAAGGAAGUCGGCGAGGCGUAUCGUAAGAAACGGAAUGAGGAGAUGAAGAUUCGGAAGACGGGUUCCAAAAUCCGUUCCACAUAUAUCAUUUUUGCACAAAAGGAGAAGAAGCGACUUGAAUCCCUGGUCGAAAGUACUUCUCAAGAGAUCGUCGUCCGCCGGAACGAAGUGGCAAGGUUGAAAGACAUUGUAGACCGCGCCGAGUCCAUUUCCGCCGCCGCACUGGAACACAAGAAGGAGUCUCCCCUUUACAUCUCUUUAAUGGAACAUUACACUGCCCUUAAAUCCCUCCAACGGGAGCACAAAAAACUUCAGGAUCGCUCGAAAGAGCUCAGCACAAUUCUGGACACUCUGCGCACAGGUUAUAACCCUAACUACCAAGAUAUGGCUGUUCUCGAGGCUGUCAGGGGAUGGGAGCAGAUUGCAGGAUUGGAGCAUAUUAACGACGUUGGAAAGGAUAAGGAGGAGGAGAAAGAAGAAGAAGAAAAGCAAGCCCAACCAGCAGUCCAGGAAGAGGACGAUGGCAUGUGGACAGCUGAAGAACUGGAACAGGAUUUGGAUGAGCUUCUGAACACUGAUUAUGUCUCGUUAUUACUGGAACACGAUGAGCAUGUAAGAACACCAGUGAAGGGCACGUUGUUAUUCGACCUGGCUUCUUACCUCCCCGAUACCGUACUACCUCAAUACGAGGAAAUCAAAAACACAGUCUUGUCAUGGUUCAGAUUGUUGGGAGUCAUUCGUGGUGAUGACACCAGUGCUUCAGAAUCCUCGCGCGCUCGUCAAGCCUUUACUGACGCUGAAAACGCUUUGAAGAAGGCCGAAGAGAAUAAGAAGAAUGCAGAAGAUGAUUUGGAUGACUUGUUCAGCGUUGAAGGGUUUGGAAAAGACGGUGAAUGGAAGAAACUCGACGGCCUUUGUUUGGAAAAGGAUACGGGAGAGUACACAUAUGAGGUUUGUCUAUUCGGAGAAGCGAGGCAGAAGCCCAAUAAAGGAGGGUCAACAUUCAGUUUGGGGCAUUUCGACGGCUGGAACUCAUCGCCCGAUGUUACACCCGGAGAACCAGAGUAUUAUAAGAAACAAUAUUACAAACAUGGCGCCAGAUGCUGGAACGGACCUGAGAGAAGUGUUGUACUCGAGCUAUCUUGUGGAACAGAAAACGCGCUUCUUACGGUUGUAGAGUUGGAGAAGUGUGAGUAUGGGAUCACUGGUACGACGCCUGCUCUUUGCUUGCCUAUCAGCGAGAGUGAGGGGAAGGAUAACAAUAGAGAGGAACUUUAA